AAACAAUGUGUAUUAAAAAACUGCAUCUAUUUUGCCAACAUAUUUCAUGCCUGUAUGCUUUAGCGGUGGGACACUCAAACUAUCUCACUAAUGGUCUCUUUGGUUCAAGAGAAAUAAGGAAGAGAGAGCUGUUUACCGAGUCACUUCACAUGUGGAGCUUGAGCUCCACAUAGCACCUAAGUGGAUCUGCCCUUGCCCAUAACUAUGCUCUAUUUUACAAAAUCAUAAUUUGUAACAACAUACAACCCUUCUUUCAACACUUUUAUGCAAAUAUCUUGAUAUUUCUCUUAGAAUUCGUCAAAUAUAUUUAGGGUGUAAACACUUCCGACUUGGUUGAGUAUACAAGCCUUCUUCAUUUUCGAUGUAGGUUAGCUUAUGUCUUGACUCAUAUUCAGCUUCUGACUCAUUGUUCCGUCUACGACAACCCUUUUCAAGUGUGUAAAAAAACUGACUUUUAAAUUUUAAUCUGAUCCGUUGAAAGUUUUAAUAGCAUAUUUGUCACACAUCUGAACUUCAUAUUCUUCCCCUACCUAGCAGCAUCUGAUUUGAUUUCAGAACAACAACAUUGUAAUUGUAAUUGUAAUGCAAAACAUUUUCAAAACCAAACACUCUUCUCUUAUCAUUCUAUGUUGUUCUCCUCAACAAAACCCAUCACAUUCUCACUCCAAACCCUACUCAAACAUGGCCUCACUCCCACUCCAAAUUCAAUCACCACCUUCUUCAAUUUCCUCUUCAACCUUCGCAAAUUCAACCUAAUCAUCAACCUCUUCCAUCAAUUCACCUUCAACAAAAUCCAAAUCCCUCACAAAACUCACAAAAUCCUCACAUGGGCACUUCUCAAUUCACACAGUUUCAACCAAGCAGAACAAUUCAUGAUGCAAAAUCCACACACCCCAUUUGGCGCGUGGGACAUGCUCAUUCAUGGUUUAUGCUCCACGCGCGAAAACCCAGAAAGGAUUCUCUCUGUUCUGCGACAUUGCUUGGUAAAAAAUCGUCUUUUUAUCUCAAAAAUUGUUUUUUGUUGCGUGAUUCAGAGAUUUUGCAAUGUGGGUCAUGUGGGUAAGGCUAUUGAGGUUGUUGAAUUGAUGAAUGAGUAUAGAAAGGAUUACCCUUUUGAUGAUUUUGUUUGUAGUUCUGUGGUUUCGGCGUUUAGUAGAGCUGGAAAACCAGAACUUUCUUUGUGGUUUUUCGAUAAUUUCAUGGGGUCGAGGCCGAAUUUGGUGACUUAUACUGCUGUUGUGAAUGCUCUUUGUAAGUUGGGGAGGGUUGAUGAAGUUUGUGGUUUGGUUAGGAAGAUGGAGGAGGAUGGGUUGGAUUUGGAUGUUGUUUUGUAUAGUGUUUGGGUUUGUGGGUAUGUUGAAGAGAAGGUUUUGGUUGAGGUUUUUAGGAAGAUGAGGGAAAUGGUUGAAAAGGGUAUUUGUCAUGAUUUUGUUAGUUAUACUAUACUUAUAGAUGGGUUUUCUAAGUUAGGUGAUGUUGAAAAGUCUUUUACUUUCUUAGCUAAGAUGAUUAAAGAAGGGAUUAUACCUAAUAAGGUUACUUAUACUGCAAUCAUGUCUGCGUAUUGUAAGAAAGGUAGGAUAGAGGAAGCAUUUGGUCUUUUUGUAAGGAUGAAGGAUAUGGGAAUUGAGUUGGAUGAAUUUGUGUUUGUUGUUUUGAUUGAUGGGUUUGGAAGGGUGGGAGAUUUUGAUCGAGUGUUUCAGCUUCUUGUUGAAAUGGAGAAGAGAGGGAUUGGUCCCAAUGUUGUAACAUAUAAUGCAGUUGUAAAUGGUUUGUCGAAGUAUGGGAGGACACAGGAAGCGGAUGAGUUCUCAAAAAACGUGACCGCAGAUGUGGUUACGUACAGCACGUUGUUGCACGGGUAUACCGAAGAAGAUAAUGUUUUGGGGAUUUUGCAGACGAAGAAGCGUUUGGAAGAAGCUGGCAUCUCUAUGGAUGUUGUAAUGUGUAAUGUGCUGAUCAGGGCACUGUUUAUGAUGCAGGCUUAUGAAGAUGUUUAUGCACUUUACAAAGGAAUGCCGGAAAUGGAUCUGGUUCCAAAUUCCAUCACGUACUGCACAAUGAUUGAUGGGUAUUGCAAGGUUGGUAAAAUCAAUGAGGCACUUGAGGUUUUUGAUGACUUUAGAAAGACAUCAAUCUCUUCGUAUGCAUGCUACAAUAGUAUUAUCAAUGGCCUUUGCAAGAAGGGUAUGGUAGAAAUGGCCAUUGAAGCAUUGCUUGAACUCGAUCACAAAGGUCUCAUGUUGGAUACAGGUACACAUAGGCUGUUAAUGAAGACAAUUUUCAAAGAAAAUAGUUCAAAAGUGGUCUUAGAUUUAGUUUGCAGAAUGGAAAGUUUAGAGCUAGAUAUAUACAAUGCAAUAUGUAAUGAUUCCAUAUUUUUAUUAUGUAAAAGAGGAUUACUCGAUGAUGCAUAUCAAUUGUGGAUGGCAAUGAAAAAGAAAGGGUUACCUGUCACGUGCAAAUCUUAUCAUUCACUCUUGAGAAGGCUUCUCUGUGUUGUUGGGAAUAGGGAGCAAAUUCUGCCCCUUUUGAAUUGCUUUCUGAAAGAGUACGGUCUAGUUGAACCAAAGGUUCAAAAGGUACUCGCACAAUACAUUUGUCUGAAAGAUGUUGACAGUGCACUUCGAUUUCUUGGAAAAACAUCAUAUAAUUCUUCAGCAGUCACUUUUCCUGUGUCCAUUCUCAAGGUUCUCAUAAAGGAGGGAAGAGCUUUAGAUGCAUAUAAGCUUCUCAUGGGGGUUCAAGAUGAUUUACCGGUCAUGUAUGUCGAUUACGGCGUUGUGAUUCAUGGCUUAUGUAAGGGAGGAUAUCUCAAUAAAGCAUUGGAUCUUUGCACUUUAAUUGAAAAGAAGGGGGUGAAUUUGAACAUAGUCAUAUAUAAUUCAAUAAUAAAUGGAUUGUGCCAUGACGGCUGUCUUAUUGAAGCAUUUCGGUUAUUUGAUUCUCUAGAGAAACUUAAUUUGAUGACCUCUGAGAUAACCUAUGCUACAUUAAUUUACGCUUUAUGCAGGGAGGGAUAUUUGCAAGACGCGGAGCAUGUUUUCAAGAAAAUGGUUCUCAAUGGAUUUCAACCAAAAACACAAGUUUACAAUUCAUUACUCGUUGCCACAUCUAAAAUCGGACAAUUAGAGAAGGCAUUUGAGCUUCUAAAUGAUAUGGAGAAACAAUAUAUCAAGUUUGACAAUUUCACAGUUAGCUCUGUAAUAAAUUGCUACUGCCAGAAAGGCGACAUGGAAGGAGCCCUUGAAUUCUAUUACAAGUUCAAGGGGAAGGAUAUAUCACCCGAUUUUUUGGGGUUCUUGUAUAUGAUAAGAGGUCUAUGUACCAAGGGAAGAAUGGAAGAAACAAGGAGUGUCUUGAGAGAAAUGCUACAGUCCAAGAAUGUUGCAGAGAUGAUUAACAUUGUCAACAGCAGGGUUGAUACCGAGUCAAUAUGUGAUUUUAUCGCUGCUUUGUGUGACCAAGGACGCAUUCAAGAAGCUGUUAAAGUUCUGAAUUUAAUCGCCUCAGAGUUUUUUCCUGCUCAAAGGUCGUCUACUUGUAAUAAUCAAGGAUCCGAUAAAUCACACAAGAGUUAUGAAUCAGUGGAUAUCGGUUCAAAAUCUUCCACCUCUCUACUUUCGUAUUGCGAAAGUGGUUUAGAUUUUGAAUCUUGUGAUACCAGGGAUAAAAGGAAUCACAUGACUAAUAAUGAUAGUCAUUUGAAAAAAUCCCGACUGCGUAACUUUGAUUUCUAUUAUUCUAGAAUUGCUGCACUUUGUACUAAAGGGGAUCUGCAGGAUGCUAAUGAAUUGGCAAAGAAAAUGGUUUCAGACAUGACAGAGUCUAUGAACUGAAUAUUUGGAAUAAAAGAUUUAAGAGUAUCAUAUGACAUGGAAACGUCACUCUUGUAGUGCCAGCAAAGAGAACACACAGAUGAGAUCUGCAGUUUCGAAGCAUUAAUAUUUCGUGGAGGAUUGCAAUAUUUGUGAACGCAGAUAUCGCCGGUUGAACAGUUCCACAUUCACAAUUACUGUGGUUUUGGGUGUUUUCCAAAAUGAUUCACUGUAAAUUGGGAAGGUUCUAUUCUGCUUUUCUUAAUGUUGUUUCUGCUUCCCGCGGUUGGUGAUAUGAUCGCAUCGCUUCCAAUUAUCUCUUAUCUCGUCUUGGGCUUCAUCUGGAGACAUGGGUUGACGUUUAAAAUAGAAGCAGCAACACUUGAGUGAUUGUGGAAGCAAUCAGGGAAAUCUUCAUGUGUUUUGACUGCGGCAGAGAAGAUGCGCAAAAGAGCCAGUUGCUGGUACAACUGUGAGUACAUUAAAGGCAAUGGAAAAUCAGAAGAUGAAAUUUUGAAGGCUUUAAGGACUUGGUUACAAUUUCGAUCGUGUUUAAUCUUAUAAGUUGAAGCUCAUUAUACAGCAACUUCUGGAAACAACUUUUCAAGCUUCAUGGUACCAUACUUACGAUGAGUUCUGCGUACCAUCCUUAAUCUGACGGACAAUCUGAGGCUCUCAACAAAUGUCUCGAGAUGUAUUUGCGUUGUUUAAUGUUUACUGACCCUCUCAAAUGGUCCAAGGCCUUUCCUUGGGCAGAAUACUGGUAUAAUACAUCUUAUAACAUCAGUGCUGCCAUGACACCUUUCAAGGCCCUCUAUGGUCGUGAUCUUUCUAUGCUGAUUCGUUCAAAGGGUAGUUCCAAAGACACUGCAGAUUUGCAGUCCCAGUUAGCACAGAGAGAAGAAUUGCUGUCACAGCUACAAUCCAUCUCUACAAGGCUCAACAAACUAUGAAGCAUCAAGCUGAUAAGAAACGCCGCCAUUUUGAGUUCCAGUUGGGUGAGCACGUCCUUGUGAAAUUGCAACCUUAUCAACAGUCUUCGGUAGCACUGCGGAAAUAUCAAAAGUUCGGUUCACGCAACUUUGGUUCAUUAUUGACAGUCUGCAGCUUAUAAGUUGAGUCUGCCUUCCACUGCAAAAGUCCGCCCUAUCUUUCAUGUUUCACAAUUGAAACCAUUUCAUGGAUCAUCAUGAGAGGCACAACUUCUAUUCCUCAAGUGCUUAUUACUAGGGAAGGACUGGAUACCACUGCUGCAACUUGGGAAGACAAAACGGAAAUUACGUUGACUUAUCCCAAUUUCAACCUUGAUGACAAGGUUACCGUUAAUGGGGGAAGUCUAGCAUGAAAAUAUCACAAAAAUUGUAUUUGAUGUUUUUGGAAUAACUUUAUGAUAGAAAGGAAAUAUAAAUGAAUUAAUUGUCAAUCAUUUUUAUGUUUU